UGCUUCUGGACCUUUAUUCACUGUACGGAGAAAUGGGGAUCUCUUCCUUUGCCAGUGGAAAUGAGCUGGGUGCCAUCGGAUCAGGCCUCUCCACCCUCCAGCCCGCCUCAAGAAGCAGAAGAAGAGUUCUGGGAGGGUUUGCUCUUGGAGUUCAGAGGGCCAUCUCAGAAAAUAGUGGGAGAAUGGUAGGGCUAAGCAAGGACUUGAAGUCCAUGGCCGAUGUUAAUAUGGACCAAGCAAUGGCUCGCAGAAGGGCUCGUGAGGCCUUCAUUCCAAUUCAUCAGGGUCUUGAUCACUGUCUCUUCAAGAUGGACUCACGAGGGAUUCGGACCGAGGAGAGUUAUGAAAGGAAUUCGAGAGGAUUGGAGAUAUUUUGGAAGAGCUGGUUACCAGGAGCAGGUGUAAGCAUGAAGGGCACCGUCUUCUUUUGCCAUGGAUAUGGAGAUACCUGUACUUUCUUUUUUGAAGGAAUUGCGAAGUGUAUUGCAGAAGCCGGAUACGGAGUUUUUGCAAUGGAUUAUCCGGCUUUUGGCCUCUCUGAAGGGCUGCAUGGUUACAUCCCAAGCUUUGAUAACAUUGUAGAUGAUGUGAUUGAGCAUUACUCUAAAAUCAAAAGGAGGCCGGAUGUAAAGGAUUUGCCUCAUUUUAUUUUUGGGCAGUCGAUGGGAGGGGCGGUGGCUCUAAAUGUCAGUCUCAAACAACCUCAAACAUGGGAUGGAGUCAUUCUGGUGGCUCCCAUGUGUAAGAUUGCAGAGGAUGUCACGCCACCUGGUGUUGUAUUAGCAAUCUUGAACCUCAUGUCAAAAGUUCUGCCUGAAGCUAAGUUAUUUCCACAAAAGGAUCUUGCAGAAUUGGCUUUCAGAGACCUUGGAAAGCGAAAAAUUGCAGAGUAUAAUGUUAUCUCAUACAAGGAUCAGAUGCGAUUGAAAACUGCAGUGGAGCUACUCAAGACCACCAAAGGGAUUGAAUCACAAGUGGAUAAGGUUUCAGCUCCAUUGUUGGUUCUUCAUGGAGCUGCAGAUAAAGUUACUGAUCCUAAUGUAAGCAAGUUCCUAUAUGAGAGGUCGAGAAGCAAGGACAAAACCCUAAAAUUAUAUGAUGACAGUUAUCAUUGCAUUCUUGAAGGGGAGCCCGAUGAGAGAAUAUUUGAAGUCAUUAAUGAUAUGAUCUCAUGGCUUGAUUCACAUUGUGUUUCCAAGGUUUGAGCAGAGUUAUGUUUUAAAAUUUUUGGACUAUGGAGGUGUUUAGGCACAUCACUGACUCGGGAAUAAUCCGAGAGGAUCGAUUAUUCAGUAAACAGUCGCAUCGCAACGAUGGGGCCUUCCCUGUUGUGCGAUAUAGGCACAUGUGCUUUGAGAAAUGGGGGUUCUUCGUAAAACUUGAAUGAGUCACCCCGUAACUAUUAGGAGCCUACAAAACAAUUGAAUAUGAACAGUUCUGGCGUAUUUGCAGCAAUGGAUUUGUGAUGUUUGUCUCAAAAA